GACUCAGAAACCCGCCCUCCCCUUAUAGCCCUGGGUGCCUGUUUCUGGCCUCUUCAUACCUUACCUCCCUUCUGCCCUGCACAGCAUUUGACAAAGAUGCUCCCUAGAGUCCUCAUUUUCUAGCAGGAGCUUUGAACCAACCUCAAGAUAACUUUUUCAGAAGAAAUAAACUCACCAAAUCCUGACUGCUGGGAUCCAAGCAGAGGAAGAUGCAGUUGGAAGCUCUCCGGACUGUGUUGGGAUUUUGUCUCCUCUCAGCUUGUGUCUGGGGGCAAGACUUGGAAAACGAUGACAAGAAUUAUAAAUUUGGAGUCUACAUUUCAGGUACUGAAGUGACACUGACCUGCCCUGAGAAAACUAAUGAGGAGAUAAUAUGGAAAAAAAAUGAUUUAACAAUCAAUGGUGUAGAUACCGAUACCCUCACCCUAAAAGACUCAGAGACUGAAUAUAGAGGACACUUCUUUUGUAAAAAGAAAUCUGGAUCAGAUACAGAAGGUUAUUUUCUCUACCUGAAAGCAAGAGUAUGUGAUGGCUGCAUGGAAGUGGAGGUGCUGAUGGUGGCUGGGAUCAUCAUUGCUGAUGUCUUCAUCACCCUGGGAGUACUGCUUCUGGUGUAUUACUGGAGCAAAGCACGGAAGGCUAAAGCCAAGGCUGCUGGUCGAGGGGUCAGUGCUGGCGGCAGAACUAGAGGAGCAAACAAGGAGAGACCUCCACCUGUUCCCAAUCCCGACUAUGAGCCCAUCCGCAAAGGUCAACGGGACCUGUAUGCUGGCCUGAAUCAGAGAGCCAUCUGAGAUCUCCUGAAGACUCUUGGGUUUGACUGUAGCUCCUCUUCUAGGAUUUCUCCCAUGUCCCCACUCAGUCUGGGGCGUCCUAGAACUAUAAGAUGGAAAAAGAAUGGUUUUCUCUUCUAAAUGUUGAUUCUUCUUCUAGGAAAAGUGACUCCUCUGUCCCCACUAUCUUAACCUCAGCUAUCUUCUUUUCCUCCACUCUAAUUCUCUGACCAUAGGACAUAAUUAUUCCCCUAGUGUUGAAAUUAUAUUUGCAAGAUACAAAUGGUGCUAGACACCAUAUUCAAUCAUGGACACCAACCUUGGAAGAUCAACCAAAAGCCCUGGAACCUUGGAAUUCUUGCUUGUCCCUUUUGUGAUCCAGUGUAUUUAUAGUCUGCUCUAUCUUGUUUUCCUUUUUCUUGCAUUCCUCUUUUCUAUUGCCAAAUUGUCCCAGUACUCCUAUUUCCACCCCUUUCUCCAUACCUUGUUUGUGACUCUUCUAGUGUUCUCUGGAGUUUAUCAUUUGUAAUGGUCUCAAAUGUUCUCUCCCCCAUUUGGAAUCAGGUGCCAGAGUCUUUAUUUCUAGUUAAUCUUGCCUGCUUUUUCUGUGAAAUGUCUAAUCUUCCUAUAGACUGUGAUUACCCAAUAAAGUAAAUUUGAGCUAAAAGAAUUGUCCUUGGAGAAAUUCCCAUUCAAAGAUUUCUUUAGCCAGGCUUCCUUGAGUUUUCAGAUCGUCAUCAUCCUCAUCAUGAUUUUCAUUGAUGAUAGAUUCAGAAAACCUGGAUUUAAAUCCCAUUUGAUACUACUUAUAAAAUCCUGUGUAAGAUAGAAUCUCUUUACAGUUUGAUUUUCUUAUCAUUAAAAUGAAAUCAUUCAACAA